AUCUGUCACCCCACCUUCCCCUCCACCCCGCCGAAAUAUUCUGCCCCGCCAUUGACUGUUUGCGACACCAUCACCAAAUCCGUUGUUGUCGCGGCACCCGAGACUCGUCUCUCCUUUUCAGCUUACUCUAGAGACCUGUCUUAGUGGCCUUAAAAGCAGUCAAAAUGCUUGACGUGAACGAUUUCAUUACCGAGCGUGGUGGCAACCCCGAGAGGAUCAGGGAGAGCCAGCGCAAGCGCCAUGCCCCCGUAGAAGUCGUUGACGAGGUCAUCGCCAUGUGGGAGGACCACCGCAGGACCGCCUACGACGCCAGCCAAUUCAGCGCCAGAAUCAACGGAGUCCAGAAGCAGAUCGGUCCGAAGAAGAAGGCCAAGGAGGAUGUUACCGAUCUACUCAAGCAAAAAGCCGACCUCGAGAAGGAGAAGAAAGAGCUGCUUGCCUCGGCUGCUGAAAAGGAGAAACUCCUGAGGAUCAAGGUCAAGACCAUCGGCAACUUUGUCCACGACUCUGUCCCGGUCUCAAAAACCGAGGACGAUAACACGGUCGAGCGCACCUGGGCACCUGAGGGCGUCACCUUUGAGAAGCGCAAUGUUCUUUCGCAUCAUGAGGUUCUCGACAAGUUGGACGGCUAUGACCCGGAGAGGGGAGUCAAGGUUGUUGGCCAUCGCGGGUAUUUCCUGCGUCGAUGGGGUGUCUUCCUGAACCAGGCUAUCAUCAACUAUGGUCUGGAGUUUCUGCACGAUAGGGAAUACGUUCCCCUGCAGACCCCCCAACUCAUGCUCCGGGAUCAGAUGGCGAAGACCGCUCAGCUUUCGCAAUUCGACGAGGAACUCUACAAGGUCACUGGCGACCAAGCGGACAAGUACCUCAUUGCGACUUCGGAACAACCUAUCUCUGCGUACCACAGUGACGAGUGGUUGCAGCCCAAGGAACUGCCCCUGAAGUAUGCGGGCUACUCGACUUGUUUCCGCAAAGAGGCUGGUGCUCACGGGAAAGAUGUCUGGGGCAUUUUCCGUGUCCACGAAUUCACCAAGGUCGAGCAAUUUUGUGUCACCGACCCUGAGAAGUCCUGGGAGAUGUUUGACAACAUGAUCUCGACGUCGGAAGAUUUCUACAAGUCUCUCGGUAUCCCCCACCGGGUUGUCGCUAUCGUCUCUGGCGCUCUUAACAACGCUGCUGCUAAGAAGCUUGAUCUUGAGGCCUGGUUUCCCCACCAAGGCGAGUUCAAGGAGCUUGUCAGCUGCUCGAACUGCACCGAUUACCAGAGCCGUGACCUUGAGAUCCGCUUUGGUAUCAAGAAGCAGACCGACGCCAAGAAGAUCUAUGUUCACUGCCUCAACUCGACUCUCACUGCCACAACAAGAACAAUCUGCGCUAUUCUGGAGAACUUCCAGACUGAAGAUGGUGUCAACAUCCCUGAGCCGCUCCGGAAGUACCUGCCUGGUGCUCCCGAGUUCAUCCCAUUUGCGAAGACGGCGGCCGACAAGAAGGAGGGUGAGAAGAAGGAAGGCGAGAAGAAGGAAAUCCCUGUCCGGUAAGGGUCUUGAAUAGACGCGAGCGGGAGUUUUGGUGUUGGUUGCCAUGUAGGCAACUGGGCAGUGAGUUCCAGUCUUGUGAUGAGACUUGGGGCCUGAUGAGCCGAUAUAUCCGGGGAUAGAGGAGCGUGGUCAUCCUGUCAUCAAUUUCCACUGUGCGAGG